AUGGCUUCGAGUACGAUUCGGAAGGCGAUUGGUGCGGUGAAGGAUCAGACGAGUAUUGGAAUAGCGAAGGUGGCGAGUAAUAUGGCGCCGGAGUUGGAGGUGGCGAUUGUGAAGGCGACGAGUCAUGAUGAGGAUCCGGCGAGUGAGAAGUACGUGAGGGAGAUUUUGAACUUGAUGUCUUAUUCACGUGGCUAUGUGAACGCUUGUGUGGCGGCGGUGUCGAAGAGGUUGGGGAAGACGAGGGAUUGGAUUGUUGCGUUGAAGGCUCUUAUACUUGUUCAUCGUCUGAUGAAUGAAGGGACGGUGAUUUUUCAGGAGGAAAUUUUGUAUGCCACUAGGAGGGGGACCAGGCUUUUGAAUAUGUCGGAUUUUAGGGAUGAGGCGCAUUCUAGUUCUUGGGAUCAUUCUGCUUUUGUUAGGACGUAUGCGAUGUAUCUUGAUCAGCGGCUUGAGUUGAUGUUGUUUGAUAGGAAGACUAAUGUUGGGGGUAGUGGUGGUGGUUCUGGUAGUGGUGGCGGUGGGGAUGAUAGGUUUGGUGGAAGGGAAAACUUCAGAUCGCCACCGAAUGAAUAUGAGUAUGGAGGUCGAGGGGAUGGUGGGAGUGGGAUGAGGAAGACGAGGUCGUAUGGGGAUAUGGCUGAUGCAGCGGGGCAGGAUGAUAGAAGGAUUGUAACUGUUACUCCUUUGAGGGAUAUGAAGCCGGAGAGGAUUUUUGGUAAAAUGGGUCAUUUGCAGAGGCUCUUGGAUCGAUUCUUGUCUUGUAGGCCAACUGGGUUGGCGAAGAACAGCAGGAUGGUUUUGGUUGCUUUGUAUCCGCUAGUUAAGGAGAGCUUUCAGCUGUAUGCAGAUAUAUGUGAGGUUUUGGCUGUGUUGCUUGACAAAUUCUUUGACAUGGAGUACCCUGAUUGCGUGAAGGCCUUUGAUGCUUAUGCAAGUUCUGCCAAACAAAUCGACGAACUGAUUACCUUUUACAAUUGGUGUAAAGAUAGUGGUUUAGCGAGAUCCUCCGAGUACCCAGAAGUUCAGAGAAUUACUAGUAAGUUGCUGGAGACGCUGGAGGAGUUUGUGAGGGAUAGGGCCAAGAGGCCUAAAAGUCCAGAGAGGAAAGAGGAAGCUCCCAAAGUGGAAGUGAAAGAGGAGGAGCCGGUACAAGAUAUGAACGAGAUCAAGGCCCUGCCUCCACCUGAGAAUUAUACCCCACCUCCUCCGCCUGUACCAGAGCCUGAGCCAAAGCCACAGUUUACAGAAGACUUGAUGAAUCUGAGAGAGGAUGCAGUCACUGCAGAUGACCAGGGUAAUAAAUUUGCUUUGGCACUAUUUGCUGGUGCACCGGCUAAUAAUGCCAAUGGAUCCUGGGAAGCCUUUCCAUCAAAUGGACAGCCAGAAGUAACUUCAGCUUGGCAGACCCCUGCUGCAGAACCUGGGAAAGCUGAUUGGGAAUUGGCGCUGGUAGAAACAGCCAGCAAUUUAUCAAGGCAGAAAGCAGAUUUAGGUGGUGGGCUAGAUCCUUUAUUGUUGAAUGGUAUGUAUGAUCAAGGAAUGGUCAGGCAGCACGUCAGCACUUCCCAACUUAGUGGAGGGAGUGCAAGCAGUGUGGCAUUGCCAGGACCGGGAAAGACCACAACACCUGUUUUAGCUCUUCCUGCCCCAGAUGGAUCUGUGCAGCCAGUUAACCAAGACCCAUUCGCAGCAUCUUUGAACAUUCCGCCUCCCUCCUAUGUGCAAAUGGCCGAAAUGGAGAAGAAACAGCAAUUGCUUGUGAAUGAGCAGCAGCUGUGGCAUCAGUAUGCAAGGGACGGGAUGCAAGGCCAAUCUAGCUUGACCAAAUUGAACGGUAAUGGAUACUAUGGUGGAGGUCCUAUGCCUUAUGGAAUGCCCCCAGUCCAUGGAAUGGGACCUCCAAACGGGUAUUACCAUACUCCUCUCUGA